UAUCAUGUGACAUUAAUCUUAUAUCAUUUCCCAUCAUAUCUUUAUAUUUUAUUAUUAGAGAGGAAACAAUGGCUUCUAUUGGAAAGCUUGAGGUAGAUGUAGAAGUUAAGAGUAAUCCAGAGAAGUUCUGGAACAGCAUUAGGGAUUCAGACAAGCUCUUUCCUAAGGCAUUCCCUGAAUUAUACAAGAGCAUUGAGGUCCUUGAAGGUGAUGGUAAGGAUGUCGGAUCGGUUCGCCUUGUCAAAUUUGCUGAAGGAAUUCCCCUGAUUACUAUGUCAAAGGAGAAGGUCGAUGUGGUAGACGAAGCGAAGAAGACAGUAGGAUACUCUGUAGUUGAAGGCGACAUACUAACCUUCUACAAGAGUUUCAAGGCACAACUCGCAGUCGAACCGAAAGAUGAAGGAAGCUUGGUGAAAUGGUCAUGUGAAUUCGAGAAGGCCAAAGAUGAUGCCCCUGACCCUGAAAUCAUUUUCAAGGCUUUUGCUGUCAAGACUUUCCAAGACCUCGAUGCUUAUCUUCUUAAGGCCUAAUUAACAAAUUAACUUAUAACUCGAUCUCUAUAUAAAGCUUAUGCAUUUGGUUCAAUUGGUACUACUAUUAUACUUAUUAUAUACUAAAGUAGUAAAUUAAAAUGUGCGAAGUUUCAAACUUCCUAGAGUGUAACUUUAAUUUGCAAUAUCAAUUAAGCAUUAUUGUAAUGCUAGACUAUAUGUAAGCAUCGAGUUUCAUUAAUCAAUGUUAGUUGGUCGAAUGUAAUGAUUUUA